CGUCGCUCAGGUCAAUCUUUCUCUCUUCGAGCAGGAUCGGGGGUAGAUUCGCCGGAUGGAGGUGGUGCCAUUUCUGCUCCUGCGAAGGAAACCUCUGACCCUUCAGAGUGAAAUUGACAAAUGUCAUGUGCUUUUCUCUAUCUUCACUCUCCGUUAUUUCGAUUUCAAGGAGAAGUACAAGAUGACCUCACUUCCUCGGGGUCAAGCGAUGAUCAUCAACAUAAAGGAAUUUGACGAUCCAAACCUGAAGAGGAAAGGGUCAGAAUUUGACAGGAGGGAUAUGAAGAAAUUACUUGAGAAGAAACUUCAUUUCACUGUCACAGUUAAAGAUGACCUGAGUCUCGAAGAAAUGCAAAAGAAUCUGGACGAGUUUUCCAAGAGGCCUGAACACAAGUAUGGAGACUGUUGCGUCGUUGUCAUCAUGAGUCACGGAUACCAGGGGUCAGGUUCCGAUCCCAAGACGUCAUCUCCCUUCGUCAUUUCCUGUUCUGACGGGAAGACGCUUGAGGUUGAAUGGAUCAUCCAAAAAUUCAACACCGUUGAGUCCUUGAAGGGGAAACCCAAAGUCUUUAUCGUCCAGGCUUGUCGAGCAAAAGGAAGUCAAUCUUUUGAGCAAAUCUUUGGAGAUAUAGGAAAUCCUGGGAGAUUUGCAACAGAUACCAAUAAUUUAGGAGGUGUUACAGUUCCAACUGAUACAUUUGUCGCCAUUUCCACUUCUCCAUAUAAUGUCAGCUACAGGGAUGAGGAAGAAGGAACGCUCUUUAUUCAGACCAUCUGCAGCGUCUUCAAUGAGUUCGCCGGCGAAAUGGACUUCGUUGGCCUGAUGAGAAAGGUUCAUGAUGAAGUGGAUAAACUGGCUGGUGAAGGAAACGUGGAACAGAGCCCGGAACUGUCGAUUAGGGGAAAGAGCAAGGUUUUGUACUUCAAUCCUUGAAACGUCAAAUGCUAAAAUAAAAAUGUCUCCACUCCAGUUGGAAAACAUUAGAAAUAAAUGUCAAUCGUGC